AUGGAAGCUUUUUCUAGUUAUCAAACAUGUCAUGUUAUUGACCAGAAAAGUGGCCAAUAUAAGGUCGAUGAAACUAAAACAAACUGUUAUAUGAAACUACCGGGAGAACGCGUUGUUAGAGUAAUGAAUCUCGAGGAACCAGCGUUCGCAGAUAAUUACAUACAGGAAUUUGUGCUGGAGCACCUAGAGGAUACCAGCGUGAAACGUGAAGACAUCAGUCCAACAGCUGGAAAUGGGAAGAUCUGGACACCGGCCGCAGAUGAAAAUGCAUUCAUUCCAAUACGACUUAAGGCCAAUGGCUGGCAUGUGGAGGAACGCAAGGUGAAUUCAAUUACACCGUCAUCCGAUUUUUAUCCUCAUCCUACACAUGGACAACCGGUGCUCCUGAAUCCUCCCAUUGCGGGUGUUCCAUCAACGCCGCCAGAAACUCCUCCCGUGGUCGGUUCUCCAAGUCAUACCAACCCAGGCGCUUAUCCGUACUAUAGUAAUCGGAUUCAACCUGAUCAAAUGGAAAACAUGAUGAUCGUUCCGCAGACCAUGCGUAUGGAGCAACCACUCGAUCUACGACCUUCACAUCAAUUUACGAUUUCAACUGAAGGUGAUUGGAUUGAACGUAAAGAAUACAUGCAAGUUCAUUCGACGAAUGGAUUUUCUCAUCAUCAUGGCCAACUAGACCAUCUCAGUCCACUUCAUGGUGGUUCUCACCAUCAUCUAAACCUUCACGGACACUCGAAUCGUCCGCAUUCAGUCAGUUCCACCGGUUCAUUGGGAUCACCGAGAAUUGGUAACGGUAGCAGUUGUUACACCAGUAGCAAUAGCAGUGACGAUAUCAUUAAUGACGAUCUGCUCAUGUCACUUUCCGUUCGCGAACUUAACAAGCGUUUGCAUGGAUGUCCACGUGACCAGGUGGUUCGCCUAAAGCAAAAGCGACGCACUCUGAAAAACCGUGGAUACGCUCAAAACUGUCGUUCCAAGCGGUUGCAGCAACGGCAUGAUUUGGAAAUCACCAAUCGUCAACUGCAAAGCGAAAUGCAUCAUAUGAAAAUGGAGCUUGCAAUGAUCAAACAAGAAAGAGAUGAGCUUAAGAGUAAACUUCGUGAUCGUUCUACUGUAACAGCACCACAACAUCAGCACAGUCAACAACAGCAGCACCAGCAACAGCAACAUGCUGCCCGUCAAACCAACGGAAGUGUACCUUCUGCAAAGCAGCAGCUCAUUAACGAUACCACCAGCUCCCCGGAAUACUACGUAUGA